AUGAAACCAUCUAUGUCAGAAUUAAAAUCAUCAUUUGAUGAUCAAGGUCAAUGUAUUGUAAAACAAUUUACAGUGGGACAUGAAAAAUAUGGCUCAGUUACAUUCUAUGGUCAAGUCAAUGUUACCGGUCUUGAUCUUGAUCGAAUUAUUGAAAUUGAUCGCCAUGAAGUAACAGUUUAUCCUGAUGAUAAUAAUAAACCACCUGUUGGUAAAGAAUUAAAUAUUCCAGCUCAUAUAACACUAUAUGGUGUUUAUCCAACAGAUCCAACGACACGAAACGAAAUAACUGAUGUUGAACGUAUUAAAGCUAUGAAUUAUAGUGAUUAUUUACGUGCAGUAACAAAAAACUUUGAUGGAGAAUUUAUUAAUUAUGGUAUAAAUGAUGGUUCAUGGACAUUUAUGGUAAAACAUUUUACACGUUAUGGUCUUGGUGGUAGUGAAGAUAAUUGUUUUGUUGUUGUUAAACAACAAGUAGCAAAACCAAUUAAUUCAAACUUUCUUGAUCAAACAAUUGCUUUAAAUGAUAUAUAUGCAUCAUCUUCACCGGAACCUCAAUCAAUGGAUAUGGAAGAAAAAGACAAUACGACAUCAUUAAUUAUACUACAACAACAAAAUGUUCGUUUUAUUUAUCAAUCAUUAAUUGGUUUAAUACCAAAUGUUGUUGAACACUUAAUACAAUCAAUGUUUUGCUACAAUGAUUUUGAUGGUUUUCGACAAGUGAAUGAUCGUAUGAACAUAUCAACAAGAGUUAAUACUGUCGAUAAUCGAUCAAUUCCAACUACUCAUGGCAAAACAAUUAUUAUAUAUUUCGAUAGAGCUGUUUUCAUUAUUUUUUGUUUCUUAGAGCCAAUAAUUGGCAAACAUACUACGAUGGAACAAGAUAAAACUCAAAUAACAUUCAAUAGUUUAAUAAAACCUAUACUUGAACGUAUUUAUUCAAAAUUACCAAAAAAUAUUCGAGGAAAAGAUAUUCGAACAAAAUUUUCACAUUAUCUUCAAUAUGGAUCGAUUGACACUUCAAAUGAAACAUGUAUUUUACAUCAAAUACCAAUGAUUUUUUUUCAACAAACAAUUGAUCAAUUAGAAAAUUUCUUAGAAAUUUAUUUUACAUCAUGUAAACAGCAAAUAGAAGGAAAUUCAAAUAUGCCCUAUUUUCAAAUUCGUCAAGAUCCAGAUGUUCAACGAUGUACUGAGUUUUAUGCAAAAAUUUUAGAUGAAAGUAUGCUAACGAGAAAGAACAUUUAA